UUCACAACUCCACCAUCUUAACAUUUAUGCGUAUGUUAUAUGUUCACCGAAUGCUAUUGCAAAUAACCUUAUUCUCUCGCUUCCAUUAUAAUCCAUCGCUGUUAAUGACGACAGUAUUAUAAUGACGUCAUGAUCAAUGUGACGUCAUAUAAUAGUCAGACAGUCUCUAUGCGACCAGUAACUUGUUGUCUACACUCCCAGUCUAAGAUCAUUAACCUGGACUUGUCGUUCAAAUGGUGUAGAGAUGCCAACCUCCAGUCAAGCACUGCUGUUGAUGCAUACUGGACGCAGCAAUCUCAAUUUGGACAGGAUUCCACUUGUAUCAAAGAAAAGUAGCAUCGGGUCUUGCUCUCAACGAGAACUCAAACCAUGUCCAGUAUCGCACGUCGACAUUAACGAGUUGUGGAAGUCCUCCCUUGUGGACAGUGGCGAACAGCUGAUCGUGGAAGACUUAACGAAUUUGGAUAAAGAACAAGAUUCCUCGGUAGUUUCGAGUGAAUUCAAUAUAAAGGGGUAUAAAACUAUUCUAUCGUACAACAAAUCCUCUGAAUCGUUUUCGUGGAAGUUCAACCAGCCCGAUCAAAAAGAGAGCGCGGAGACUCGAGAAUCAGACACCGCGAUUUUACCAAAUCCACCAAAAACGAGACCAAAGACAGGCGUCGGUACAGGAAGGACGCGAAACAGGAAACAAGAAGAUCGUUCUAGGCCUAAGACAGCCGAUGUGGGUUCUGAGUCAAAACGGCAAUCUGUUUCCUUUGCGAAACCUCUGUACUAUCCCUGCUCCAAUAAAGGCGACAAACUUCUAUGUUUAGGCCUUCGUAUGCCCGUCACCAAGGGAACCCACGGAGAGUCAACCAACUGCAAAUCCAUCCUCAAGUCUACUGCAUCUGAUCAAGGGACAGGAACAAACAAGUCGUGGGUCUCCUCCCGAAGUCUCGAAUCUGGCGGGGAUGGCGCGAUUAGCGUCAAAAUGAAAGGACGCAGAGGAAACUCGGCCAAGACCAGUUCAAUGCUGAAACAAUUAUGGAUAGAACAUGAAAAACAAAAACAAAAGGUCCCCGAAGAAAAAUGUGACGAUGAGAAAAAUGAGAAUGACGCAUAUUCCACCUCUUUUGCCAAUCGCGUCCAUCCGUCCAUCUACAUGCGGAAAAAUCCCCCGGACGCCGGGCCGUUUGACGUCUGCUUCAGUCUGCGCCAUAACGAUGCUGUGUCACACGAUGAACUGAGAAACAACAUCCGGAAACAAACAGGUGUCGUCCCUGUUGGUAUUCGAUAUGAAGCAUUGUCCAUUCGAGUGGGAGACUACGGUAUUCGGAACCGCUGGAUCGUGAGAACUGGAAGUAGGGAGGAUUUUAACCAGCUUAUCACUACUGGUUUAUUUAUAGAAAAUGACAAUAUUGUAGUGGUGCCACUGGAGGAAGUUAUGGAGAGGGAAUUUCGAACAUACCGGUUCCUUACCGAGACAAAGGCGGAACACACCGCAGCAAGGAUAGGUCAUAAACUUAAAAAUGAUAUACAAAUGAGAAUGAAUAAAGUUAAAUAGAUAAAUAUUUUAAAUAAA